CAAUUAUUUGAUGCCCGAUGCAGAGAACUAAACCAGAUUCAUCACCGAAAGUUGUCUUCAACGCCAGUACCUCACCGCUUCCGCACUAUGUCGGGCGCUGAGGUGGUCGGUCUCAUCUCGGGUAUCAUCGCGAUUAUCGAUGCCUCCCUUAAGCUUUAUGAGGCCAUCGACGAUUCCGCGGGCCUGCCACAGUCGUUUCGCGACGUUGCCACACGCCUCCCCCUCAUCCACGACACAUUGGAAACGGCGUCUACAGGCCUAGCCGAGGAAGAGGACGCACCGCCGACCACAUCACGUAUCGCGCUGGUUAAGAUGCUCGAGAGCUGCCGCGACAAGGCGGCCGAACUUAAAAAGGUGCUACAAGCUGUCAUGCCGGCGGCGGGAGCCUCCCGUACGGAGCGCUGGGCCAAGGCACUUAGGACAGUCCCUAAUGCUGACAAAGUCGAGAACCUGAUGAACGGCAUCUUAAGAGAUCUCCAGGUGCUAAUAGGCAACCGUUCAGUCAAGGCAGCCACACAAGCGCAGGUUGCGCGCCUCAUCGACGAGAUGAAAAGGGGAGGAAAAGCCGAUGGCGGCAGCAGCCCAGCCAUAUCCCUGCACAACGCUAGCACAGGUUCGCAGUAUGUUCAUUCAGGGCAUGGAAACCAGAAUAUAGCGAAUGGGGGCGGGAUACAAGUCAAUGGGCAGUCGACUGGACCAUUUUAUUUUGGUCGGACUUGGGGUAAUCCAGAAAAGCCCUGAUAUGGAUAUAUGUGUACCUAAGUACCUACGAAGUGUACAUAGGUACCUACCUACGUAGCUAGGAGGCAAGAUAGCUAGGAAUAUCCUUGCUAGAACAAUGAAUUUCAUACCAAAUGUGGCUCAAAUUCGAGCGCCCG